CCGACGGUAGGAGGUGGCCAAGUGCCCCACAAAUAAAUCUAUAUUUAUUUUUCUAAAUAAACAAGUGAUCACACUAGAAUUAAAAAAAAAUAAUUUAAAAAAUGGAUCCGACCUGGUUGUCGAAACAGUUGUCUCCAGCGUCACCGAGGGGAGUUCCAGGCAAUCCCUAUCCGUCGAGACCUUGGCUCCAGGAUCGUGCCGCUGCCGCCCCGGCUACGACGAACGUCGGCGUCAAGGGAAUCAUCGCCGGGGGAAUCACUGGUGGAAUUGAGAUCUGCAUAACGUACCCUACCGAAUACGUCAAAACUCAAUUACAAUUGGAUGGAAAAGCCGGUGCUGGGAAGCAAUACUCGGGCAUUGUAGACUGCAUUAAAAAAACAGUGCAAACAAAUGGAGUCCUUGGGUUGUACCGAGGACUGUCAGUCCUGGUUUACGGCUCGAUACCGAAAUCCGCGGUGAGAUUCGGAUCCUUCGAGACCGUGAAGAAGCAGUUGGUCGAUGACGAUGGCAAGCUGAAUGCCCAAAGGAGACUCCUCGCCGGUCUCUGCGCCGGUGUCUGCGAGGCUAUUUUUGCCGUUACGCCUAUGGAGACUGUUAAAGUGAAAUUCAUCAACGAUCAGAGGUCAACCAAUCCGCGAUUCCGGGGGUUCUUCCAUGGGGUUGGACUCAUUAUUAAGGAAAAUGGAUUCAAAGGAGUUUAUCAGGGACUAGUGCCAACAAUAAUGAAACAAGGUUCCAACCAGGCAAUCCGAUUUUUCGUCAUGGAAUCAUGCAAGGAUUGGUACCGAGGCGGUGACAAUAAUAAACCUGUGCCUAAACUCGUCGUUGGAUUUUUCGGAGCUUGUGCUGGCGCAGCUUCUGUUUAUGGUAACACACCAAUCGACGUUGUGAAGACCAGGAUGCAGGGUCUCGAAGCAGCGAAGUACAAAGGGAGUGUAGACUGUGCAGUGCAAAUAUGGAAGAAAGAAGGGCCAAUGGCGUUCUACAAAGGCACAGUGCCCAGAUUAGGGAGAGUGUGUCUUGACGUUGCAAUUACAUUCAUGAUUUACGAUUCAUUCAUGGAGCUUUUCAACAAGGUCUGGCCUUGAGUAGCCAUCAGACUCAUGAGAUAAACGAAUUGCCAUAUCAAGUGCCCUCGAAACUGACAGAAGCAAUAGAGAACGAAUUUUUAGUGGAGUGGUAAACAACGAAAGGCCAAACGAAUUUCCCAAUUACUUCACAGAUAUCUCUGGAACUGGAAGGUUCAGGGGAAAAUAUCGGAAUUUAUUUUUCACAUAGAAUUCCAUUCCUAUAUAUCAAAUUUUUAUUUUACCUUUUCCCUCGACUCCUCAGUUCCGGAGAUAUCUUUUACCUCUUCACUUCACAAACUCAAACAAACACAGGAAAAAUCCUUGAAAAAUUCACAUCGACGAAUUUUUUUACGUGAUUGUUAAUACCGAAUCUUUGAUGUACAUAACAAGAUUUUAUACACAAUUAAUUUAGAUCAACGAAACGAGUGUGCACUGUUGCACAGUGUUCACAGAAUUCAGAUUUAUUUUUCAAAAUUUAUUUACAUCCACUUAAAUAAAUUUAUUUAUGCAUGUUAAUUCGAAAUUUACACGAUAAAAUAUAUUUUCUUUAUUUUUAUUUACGGGUUCUAGACAUUCCAGUGGUUUAAUUCUGUAGUCGAGUGGUUAAAAGUCAUUGUCGUUUUGUUCAUUGUUAAUUGCGUGAUUAAUGGUCUCAAGAGAAGUGACAGGGGACCUCUGUAGCUAUAGAAAUCUUCAACCAAAAGGUCUUGUGAUAUUUUUACUCACAGACACUCAUUAUCGAAAUAAUGACGUUAGUAACAAAAUAAACUGAUCACCAUUUCACUACAGAAUUGGCUUAAAAUGCAUUCAUUCCAAUCGUUCCACACCUGAAACAGCGUAAAACCGAAAUUAAUUAUUUAAUGAAUCAAUUAAGUCAGGAAUUCAUUUGCGUACAAACAGAAGAUGAUGAAGAAUAAAAAUCCUCAAACGAGACCAAAAAAUCAAUUCUUAAUUGAUUCAAUGAAACAAUAAAUUUGUAAUUUAUCAAGUGAAUAAUAUAUAUUGAUUAAAACCUCAGAAA